AUCCCACUAAUCUCCAUUCCGCUUAUAAGCCUUCUCUACUUGUCCACCAGAAAUAACUAAACACACCACAAUUGCUAAACAAAGCAGGGGAUUUGUUUGUCUUUUAGAUUUCAACUUUUCUCAUCCUUUGUUGUGAAAAUCUUGAACAAGAAAAGAUUUAGGCAUGUGCAACCACAAGCCUUCUUCUCCAAUCACAUUUGUUUCUUCAAAGAAAAUGAAUCCCAACAAAACAAUGGAUCUUCACUCUAAUGAUGAUGAUGAACUCCAAAGAUGGCCAACCCCCUUUGAGGCCUUGGAAGAAAUGAAAGCCAUAGGGAAGAUUUCGGGGCCAACAGCUAUGACAGGGUUGUUAUUAUACUCAAGAGCUAUGAUCUCCAUGCUAUUUCUUGGAUAUCUUGGAGAGCUUGAACUCGCAGCAGGAUCUUUAUCCAUAGGCUUCGCGAACAUUACAGGAUACUCUGUCAUCUCUGGCUUAGCCAUGGGGAUGGAACCUAUUUGUGGACAAGCUUAUGGUGCAAAACAGAUGAAGCUUCUUGGCCUUACAUUACAAAGAACUGUUCUUUUACUCCUCUUAACUUCUGUACCUAUCUCUUUCAUGUGGCUUAACAUGAACACAAUCCUCUUAUGGUGUGGUCAAGAUAAGGAAAUCUCAUCCAUGGCCCAAACUUUCAUUGUUUUCGCCAUUCCUGACCUCUUCUUUCUGUCUCUACUCCACCCUCUCCGCGUCUACUUGAGGACUCAGAACAUCACAUUACCUGUCACUACUUGUUCUGCUAUAUCCGUUGUGAUACACAUUCCGCUUAAUUUGUUCUUGGUUGUGCAUUUCAAGAUGGGGAUUGCUGGAGUCGCGAUAGCCAUGGUCUGGACUAAUUUGAAUCUGUUUAUUCUGUUAUGUGCAUUCGUGUAUUUUUCCGGGGUUUAUAAGGAUUCUUGGGUGGCUCCAAGCAUGGAUUGUGUCCGCGGAUGGUCUUCUUUACUAGGCCUUGCAAUUCCUACUUGUGUCUCCGUUUGCCUCGAGUGGUGGUGGUAUGAACUAAUGAUAAUGCUCUGUGGACUUCUUGUGAACCCGAGAGCCACUAUUGCCUCAAUGGGAAUUUUAAUCCAAACCACCUCUUUAGUCUAUGUUUUCCCCUCUGCACUAAGCCUCGGAGUCUCCACAAGAGUUGGCAAUGAGCUCGGUGCCAACCGCCCUGCCAAAGCGCGUAUUUCCAUGAUAAUUUCCCUCAUUUGUGCAGUCGCUUUAGGCCUUGCUGCAAUGCUGUUCACAACCCUUAUGAGGCAUUACUGGGGGAGGUUUUUUACCACAGAUACCGAAAUUCUUGACCUCACAGCAAUGGCAUUGCCAAUAGCCGGCCUCUGCGAGCUUGGAAACUGUCCACAGACCACUGGAUGUGGAGUCCUCAGAGGAAGUGCUAGGCCUACCAUUGGAGCCAACAUCAACUUGGGCUCAUUCUACUUAGUGGGAAUGCCAGUUGCAUUCCUCAUGGGGUUCGUCUUCAAAAUGGGAUUCGCUGGCCUCUGGCUCGGACUCCUCGCGGCUCAGGCCUCAUGCGCCAUCCUCAUGCUCUGCGUCCUCUGCAAAACAGACUGGAUGGUUCAAGUCGAACGAGCCAAAGAGCUCACCAAAUCCCCACCCUCUCAAAAACCCGCUCCCAUAUUACCCAUAACCUCGUCCAACCCAAGUCCCACAUCGUACAAAAAAAACAACGGUCAUAGCCUCGACGAAUCAGUCGAGGCAGACCCUCUCAUUCCCACAACAACAGAGUGUGUGUGACUUAACAUAACUACUUACCCCCCAAAGCUGUGAAGAUUUUUCACUUUAGAGAUUAGUACAAGAGUUUUGCAUUUUGGGUUCCUCUUUGAUUUUUACUUUUUCCUUUUUAGUUCAUUUACGCCUCUAAAUAAUCUUCUUUUUAAUGUACUAAAAAAAUCAAGUGGAACAAAAUAUAAAUACAUCUUUUCUAGUGGAGCUGUCGGUACUUUGAGAUAAGAAAAGGUGUUUAAAUGUGUCGGUUAAUUUAAAGGAUUGAAUGCAAGGAUUUUUGGCUA